AUGACGAUUCUCACUCUUCAGUCCGAGUUUGGUGGUGAUUUGUCUCUGUCAUUCUCUGGCCGUCUUCGUAUCCCUUUCGCUGUCUACAAAAUCUUGCAGCAUGUCGAGUCAUAUCAGAAGGAAAAUAAGCUUAAUCCAUUGCCCAUUAUAUUGUGCAUUGACUUGAAUGGGAGCAAACAAGGUCAUGUUUACAAAUUCCUUAGAUCUCAAGGGUUUGUGUCAUCAUAUGAUACUGCUCAUCAGUACACUGAUGCAGAUGCGCACAAGUGGGUUAGCCAUCCUAAUCAGGGAAAUACCUGCGGUGUAGAUUUUAUAUGGCUUCUCAAUCCUGAUGGAUACAGGAAACUAUUGAAAACAAGUUGGAAUGAAGCAGUAUUUAGCAUGUAUAAGGAUGGUGAGGAGCUAAGGAAUGCUAAUCCAUGUCAGAAGGAAAAUAAGCUUAAUCCAUUGCCCAUUAUAUUGUCCAUUGACUUGAAUGGGAGCAAACGAGGUCAUGUUUACAAAUUCCUUAGAUCUCAAGGGUUUGUGUCAUCAUAUGAUACUGCUCAUCAGUACACUGAUGCAGAUGCGCACAAGUGGGUUUGCCAUCCUAAUCAUCAGGGAAAUACCUGCGGUGUAGAUUUUAUAUGGCUUCUCAAUCCUGAUGGAUACAGGAAACUAUUGAAAAUAAGUUGGAAUGAAGCAGUAUUUAGCAUGUAUAAGGAUGGUGAGGAGCUAAGGAAUGCUAAUCCAUGUCAGAAGGAAAAUAAGCUUAAUCCAUUGCCCAUUAUAUUGUGCAUUGACUUGAAUGGGAGCAAACGAGGUCAUGUUUACAAAUUCCUUAGAUCUCAAGGGUUUGUGUCAUCAUAUGAUACUGCUCAUCAGUACACUGAUGCAGAUGCGCACAAGUGGGUUAGCCAUCCUAAUCAUCGGGGAAAUACCUGCGGUGUAGAUUUUAUAUGGCUUCUCAAUCCUGAUGGAUACAGGAAACUAUUGAAAACAAGUUGGAAUGAAGCAGUAUUUAGCAUGUAUAAGGUUGUUCGAGGUCGUGUGGACAUCGUAAAAUGUUGGCAAAUAGACUCUAAUGGAUUCAUUUUAGUUGUGGUACUGGAAGUGACUGUCCUGAUGGUAACACCUAGAGGGUGUUGGUGA